UCUUAAUAGUUCGCGCGUUACGGUUCGAAGAAGUGAAGAUUGCGUGUCGCGGCCACGUGAAGGAAAAAUUAAGCGAGUCCUUCGUCUCGCGGUUCGCGAUUCGAAUCGCCGCUGUCGCCACCACCGCAUCGUCUAACGGUUUCGCGGAUCAGUCGGUAUCCACGCUGCGCAUAGUGAGUUUGACGUUUCAUACGGGGACAACGUGUAGUGACGUUUGGUUCGGGAAAGAGUGGCGUUCAUCGUGCACCAUGACUAUUUCGUGAGACCGGUGAAAGUCAGUUAUCAUCGAUGCAUUGUCAAAGAUUUCAAUGCCCUCCAUGUUUUCGUAAAUAGCGCGAAAAGUAUCGCGUGUGGUGUGCUAUUGUGUGAACGAAAGACCAGUGAUCGAGAGGAAGAACGACGUUAUCCACGGAUUCGAGAUGACUCGCCACCUGUGGCUAAAAGCGAUUUUCGCUUUCUUCAUGAUAUCAGGUGCGAGCUGCCUGCGGAAUGUCAGCCUAGAAGUAGUUCCGGAGAUAGCGGAACGUGGUCAGAAGGUGAUUCUCCGCUGCCAUUACAAUCUCGAGGAGGCGCCCCUUUACUCCCUCAAGUGGUACCGCGGCAGGUACGAGUUCUACCGUUACACACCGAGCGAGGAGCCGUCGACCAAGAUCUUCAAUGUUACCGGGAUUUACGUUGACGAGGAGAACUCGAACAAGAGCCAGGUAACCCUGCGCGACGUCAACUUCGCCCUCUCGGGUAAAUUCAGUUGCGAAGUUACGGCGGACGCGCCGACCUUCUCCACGGCCAGCGGCUCGAAGAAUCUUACAGUAGUGUCUCUGCCCAAAGUGAAGCCUGUUAUCGUAUCGGAACGUGAACGUUACGACGCCGGAGACACUUUGAAGGCAAAUUGUAGCUUACCACCCUCGAAGCCACCGGCUCAUCUCUCAUUCACCCUGAACAACGUGGCGGUCGAAUCGCAGACGAGACACCAGCCGCAAUCGCAACAGAGGUGGGAUCGUAACGAUGCCCACUCAGAUCAGGAGGAUCUUCAGUGGAUCGAGAUCAGGAUGAAUCUUCAACCGUUCCAUUUCUCGAACGGCCAGCUGAAUUUACAAUGCAACGCCCAAAUUCCGGGCGUGUAUUCGAAGAUGAGCGAGAUCCAUUUAGGCGGUGGCCUGCGUGAACCUGUUCCGGAGAGAGUGACCUCCGAGAACGGAAGUGAAGCACCUACCGCCAUCUAUAUGACGAUGCUGAUGCUGUGUAUGCUCCAGCUGUUUCUGAGAUAGUCACGAUACGCCUGAGGCCACGGGAAGGGAAUCCAUG